UGUUCAGCGAUGCGUUCUCGGACUCUAGAAUCGUGCUACACUAUAUUCCGUUGAUGUGGUUUUUGUAAAUAGUUUUGUGUUGAUAUCGAAUAAUGUGAAGUGAAAUUGAGGCAGAAUUGCUCUACAUGUACAUAUUUAAAUGGAUAUCAUAAGAAACGAGGAUGUUUAACCGAGCUCGAUGGUUGAUGGUUGCUAUAGCAGCGUUAUUAGCGCUGCAAUCACGAGGAGACGGUGGAUUCCGACUCCCUGAUCAACCACCAAAAGAAGAAACUGAUGGAAGAUCAUUGAACUUUGGUGGCGAUGACAAUGGAAGAUCGCAACAUGCACAAGGUCGUGGUCUACUAGACUGGAUAGGUCUAGGUGAAGACCAAGAUCCUUACAUCCAACAAUCGACUCAACAAUGUAUUAACGGAGAUCUCGCGGAUUGCUUUAAGGCUCAAGCCUUAAGAUCCUUUGAUGACUUCUUUGACAAACAGGCUUACCAGUUAUCAGAUAAUGCAGUUUUAGUUAAAGUAGAAUCCCAAGCUAGAGCGCUAGCCAGGGAACCCCCGCAGUUAAGUUCCCAACCACGAAGCGAAGACUCUGACUGGGAUGGCCUUGUCAAAUAUGGGAUGAGAAAAGUUGAAAGGUUUCUAAGAUCGACCGCCCUGGAGUUUCAAUUGGAUGAUGACGUCACAUCUAACGGUGUUAUAGCUCCCAGGUUCCUCGACGAAAUCGCUGAUGAAGUUGAUAUUAUCGAAGACAAGAAAGCUCCCCCAUUCCGCCGCCAUAAGCUGAAGAAACUCAUCAUUCCAAUGUUGUUAAUCCUUAAGCUGUUCAAGCUUAAAUUACUCUUGUUCCUGCCGCUCAUCCUUGGCCUCGCAAGUUUCAAGAAAUUCCUUGGAUUCAUGGCUCUUAUAAUUCCAGGUGUCAUCGGUUACUUCAAAUUCUGCAAGCCCAAUAUCUCAUCACCGUUCUCGUCAAAUCAUUACAAUGGUCCACAAUACUCUCCAGCUGGCAUUGGUUUGAGCCCUUACAGAGAAGGUCAUGGACCAACAAAUUAUGGUCACUAUGAAAACUAUGCUGGUAACCAUUACAACAAAUACGGUUCAAACGGUGUAGCGUUUAGGGAACAUGAUCAUAAUCCUCAGGACCUCGCUUACCAAGGUUGGGAUUACAGAAACAAGAAAGGAGCUGAAGACAUAAAGGCUGAAGAAGCUUAAGACUGGAUUAACGUCGACAAUAAUUGUAAGUAACAAGUGUUAACGGUUGGCUAAAUAGGUAAAUACGAACAUUACAAAAUGAUUACUAAAACAGUGGCCAUGUAACAAUAAAUACGUGAACUUUUAUUAGUUUUGAUGCUCAAAUGGAAACUACAAUAUCAAACGUAAGUGUUAUUUUUAUACUAGAAUUGAUCUAAAUAUAAUUGAAUGGAACAAGUUACGAUAAAAUAUAUCAUUGAAUUUAGGAAUAAUCUAGAACUAUUCGAAAGUCAUUGCUUUUAAGUGUUGAUUGUGAAAAUUUGUCUCGUAUUCUUGGGACGGAUGAAAGUAAACUUUAUAAGUGUCAUGUAAAUAGAUUGUCUAUUAUAUUUAAAAUU